AUGUUCACUGCUCAAACUGCGACGAAGUAUCCAUAUACCGGCUUGGUAGACCUUCCGGUUGAGAUUAUUCUCCAAAUCGUCACUUACAUCAGCCCUCCCAGUAAGUCGCAUCUGCGGUUGCCUUUUGGCUACACACUCCACAGGACAAAUCUUCGAGACGGCAUUCGAGACCUCAAAAACCUGACGCUAUCAUGCACGAGGCUAUACGACAUGCUCCAGCCGACCCUGUACACCCAAAGUGGUCAAGAUGACUGGUACGCUCUUCGUUGGGGCGCUUUCCACGGCCUGACCCGGACGAUGGAAGACGCAUUCCUGGCCGGAGCACCGUUAAACUGGGUGUACGAUGAUGUCGACGACUAUCAUGCCAACAGCUACUGUCGAUGUGGCCGCUUCGACGGCGGCCCUGCUUGGUCGAACAACUCCGUAUGCUGCACGCUCUUCUAUGAGAAAAAGCCCACCGGAACCCGGACUGGGAGAAAUACUCUCUUUGACUCCCUGAACCCGGUCGACCCGCAAUCCAGACUUGACUGUGACGAGAUCCCAUACGCUGGCUACAGAAUCCGGGAAGUCUUCGACUUUUUGCACGAGCAUGGACUGCCCAUCCUCUAUUCCCACCUUGACGCGGAGACAUCUAUGAGAGUGCCUCCGGUGAUCAAGGCCGUUCGAGGGCCGAACCCAGAAGCAGUGAGCUUGAUCGUCCAAGAGGGCGCGGACCCGAAUGCUCGCUGUUGGUUAGGACCAGUUCCCCAAGGCUUUAGAUCCGAUAGAAGAUUAGAUGGGCACCUUCCACUGACCUAUGCAUGUUCCAUGGUCGAUGAUGAGGAUGGCCUAUACGAAAUCGUCCUGGAACUGCUCAAGGGGGGCGCCAGCCCGAUGCUGAGAGAUCUGCAGGGCCUCACGCCGCUACAUGAGCUGUCGCGCAACACUUACGACGAAGCAACUGCAAGACUGCUCAUCAAUUUCGGGGCGAACGCCAAUGGCCUGGACGCCAAUGGAUGGAUUCCAUUACACCAUGUUUGUGCACAGGCACCACCGCAGCACCCACCGUUUCGCGCGUUUGCGAGCGUUUGCGUUCAAAAGAGAACACCAUUGGUCAAGCUUUUGCUGAGCAGAGGAGCUGACAUAGAAGCCAGAACCCGCCAGUAUGGCCAGGAGCAGGCCCACAUAACCGACAUCUUCGGGCUCGCUGCUACACCCCGAGCCGUUCUCUCGGCCAGCGGUUCUUCGACCCUUCAUGUCCACCACACCGCCGACCCUGCGAUCCCCAUCACUCAGUCCAUCAGCGGUGCCCACAAGCUCGGCUGUCACCACAUCUGCACCUCGCGCGAUGGCCGUGUAGCUGCCAGCGCGGGCUUUGCCGGCGAGCUGAAGGUCUGGGUCGUCGACAAGGACACGGGUGAGUGGAAGCUUCACUCGGAGGUCACCGAUCAGAACUCCAAGGCGGGCGAGACAUGGGCCAUUGCGCUCAGCGAGGACGGCAAGUUCCUGGCAGGCACAACAUAUGACGGCCGGAUAAACGUGUGGGACAUUGGCGAAGAGGGAACGCCCAAGAUCCGGGAGUAUGAGACGGGAAGCCCUGGCUCAGGCAGCUUCGGCAUGUCGGUCGACUUGAGCAGAGACGGAAAGUUCACUGCGAGCGGACACCAGAACGGUUCCGUGUACCUCUUCAACAAUGACACCGGUCGGCUUGCGUCCUCCCUGCCUGGAUUGGCCAAGCCCGUUCGCGCGGUGGCAUUCUCUCCAGGCAACACGAGGCUGGCCGCCGCCGGCGACUCUUCAAUCAUUGCCAUCUACGAUCUCAAGCACGGCGAGCAAGUCGGUAACCUGACUGGCCAUUCUUCGUGGAUCACGUCCAUUGACUGGAGCGACACUGGCGAAUACCUUCUGAGCGGAGCGAUGGACGGCAAGGUCAAGGUUUGGUCAGUCGAGCGCUAUGCCUGCGUAGCUACGCACAGCGAGACGGAUAAGGCACUGUGGUCUGUCAAGUGGCUUCCCAAGACCGGAAGGAGUGAGAUGUUCUGCACUGCCGGAGCAAACAGGAGCAUCUCGUUUUACAGAGAGGCCACUGGAGCGUAG